UACUUUGUAAUGUUAUAUAUUUUUUCAAUCAUACACUCUACAACAUGUCAUUGCAGAUAAUAUUGUUUAUAAUAACAAUCUAUUAUAACAUUCAUUUUGCUCGUCUAUCAUAGUAAUUAACGUAAAAUUGAGAUAUAAUGAAAUAUUAACACACUACAAUCCACAUUGUACCCCGCAUCUGAGAUUGGCAAUUUGUAUUAAAUGUAAAUGAGACACUAUGCAACUUGUAUAUGUUAAAUCUCAUACCAUGUAAUCCAUUUUAUAUGUAAAAUUUCACGUUCUACAAUCUACAUAUGAUAAAUAUGAUAUCACCUGGUAAUCCACAUUAUAUAUAAAAAUUGACAAUCUGAAACCAACAUAAUAAAUUUGAUACUCUGUAAUCCACUUAUACAUAACAUCAUACAUUAAAUGUAAAAAAAUAUGAAAUCCUGCAACCAACAUCUUAAAUUUGAUAGUUAGUAGACUGUAAUCCACAUUAAUUAUAUAUAAAAUCACGCUAUGCAACCUCCAUAUGUUAAAUUUUCUAUGAUCCACAUUAUAUAUAAAAUAUGACACUCACCAAUCUCAUUAUAGCACUGAAAAUCCGACAUUUCAAUUCUUUCAUCCAUACCAACUAUGUUUGUCCACUUUUGCAACUAUAAUAAAAUUAUUAUCAUGAUAUUUUUUCAAAAAGGUCCGUAAAACUUAUAAAUACAUGUAAAAAAUAUUGUAAGUAUAUAUCAUUGAUCACAUAAAGAUCCAAAACCAACAGACCAAAAGAAACAUAUAAACCAAAAACUCAUUAUGAGCACGAAUAACAUAUUUCAAUUUUUUUUAUAAAAAAAUUAAACUACAAAACUCUUUCACUCAUCCAAGUUGAUAAUCACAAAAAGAAUGCAACGUAUACAGUCGUAAGCAAUCACAAAGAAAAUGCAACAUACAGUCGACAAUUGAGAUAAGACUAAGAACCAAAUUCAAUAAGAUGAGAUCCAGUUCAAGAACAAAAGAUACAAAAUCAUGUAUAUAAUGUUCAAAUUUAUAAUAAAAUUGUAAGUAGGCGGUGGCAUACAGUCGACAGUUGAGAUAAGACUAAGAACCAAAUUCAAUAAGAUGAGAUCCAAUUCAAGAACAAAAGAUACAAAUUCAUGUAUAAAACAUUCAAAUUUUUAUAAAAAAAUUAAACUACAAAACUCUUUCACUCAUCUAAGUUGAUAAUCACAAAAAGAAUGCAACGUAUACAGUCGUAAGCAAUCACAAAGAAAAUCCAGCAUACAGUCAACAGUUGAGAUAAGACUAAGAACCAAAUUCAAUAAGAUGAGAUCCAUUUCAAGAACAAAAGAUACAAAAUCAUGUAUAUAAUAUUUAAAUUUAUAAUAAAAUUAUAAGUAGGCGGUGGCAUACAGUCGACAGUUAAGAUAAGACUAAGAACCAAAUUUAAUAAGAUGAGAUCCAAUUCAAGAACAAAAGAUACAAAUUCAUGUAUAAAAUGUUCAAAUUUUGAUAAUAAAAUCAUAAGUAGGCGGUGGCUGAACAAUACGUAGGAUAUAUAAUCAUCUAAUUCUUUUCGUCCUUAUCCUUAAAAUUUACAAAAUAACCGUUUCUAGUUGUGAACUUACAAUUAAACCACCGAAACACAUUUAUUUGCACAUUCUCCAUUUUAUUUACCCAGAGGAGAAUAAGAAAAGGAAGAAAAGAAAUUAAAAACAGGGGUGCCCCAAACAUUACUGAUACUAGAACACAAGAAGAAUACAAUAUAUACCAGCUCACCUUCUCUCUUUCUUUUCACUCUGUCUUUCUCAUCUCUCUGCCUUUAAAGCUCCUGUAUCAGGCCCUUCUCAAAGCUUCACAGGUCUUGUACGUAUUAAUUUAUUGAUAUAUACAUUUCUUCUUGUGUGUUUAAUUGUUGUAAGCUUUUAUUGUAAAUUCAAUGGCAAGAAUUAGAGGCAGAGCAGGGUACAAACCACGCCCUUAUAAGAAAACAGAGGUUUUGCAAUGGCUUAAAUCCCUUCCUUUAGCACCCGAAUUUCAUCCGACCCUCGAAGAAUUUCAGGAUCCUAUUGGUUAUAUUCAAAAAAUUGAGAAAGAGGCUUCUGUGUAUGGUAUUUGUAAAAUCAUACCCCCUGUCUUGUUGCCCUUGAUGAAAACCACAUUUGAUCAACUUAAUAAGUCUUUGUUGGCUUGUUCUGCCUCUCUGGAAGGCGAAUUAAAGCCAACAUUCACCACUCGGGUGCAGGAAGUUGGUUCUUGCCAGAGAAAACACUACCCUGUGAUUAAAUCUGUGAGGGAGAGUGGUAAGACUUACACUGUUGCUGAAUUCGAAGCAAAGGCUAAGUCUUUCGAAAAAAGCUUUUUCAAGGGAAGUUCGAUAAAAAAGGGGGCUUUAAGUUCUCUUGAAAUCGAAAGCCUUUAUUGGAAUGCUAAUGCUGAGAAGCCCUUUGAGGUUGAGUAUGCAAAUGACAUGCACAUAUCAGCUUUCGUGGAGUUGGAGAAGCGGAGGGGUGGAGAUGGAUUGAAUGAAUAUUUAAAUGUGGGAGAUUCUAAUUGGAAUUUGAGGGGAACUGCAAGGUUAGAAGGAUGUCCCCUGAGGUUCAUAAAGGAUGACAUACCCGGGGUUACAUCCCCAAUGGUCUAUAUGGGCAUGCUCUUCACCUGGUUCGCGUGGCAUGUAGAGGAUCAUGAUCUACAUAGCCUGAAUUACAUGCACAUGGGGGAUAAGAAGACAUGGUAUGGGGUGCCUCAGGAUUCUGCAGCUGCUUUUGAGGAGGUCAUCAGAAAUCAUGGCUAUAGAGCUGAGAUGAAUCCUAUCUCGACUUUUGCUAGCCUUGCUAAAAAGACCACGGUCAUCUCCCCGGAAGUGUUUCUUAAUGCUGGCAUUCGAUGUUGCAGGCUGGUCCAGAAUCCGGGAGAAUUUAUUGUCACUUUUCCAAGGGCUUACCAUUCCGGAUUCAGUCAUGGAUUCAACUGCGCGGAAGCUUCAAAUAUUGCAACUCCUGAAUGGUUACGGUUUGCAAGAGAAGCUGAAAUCCGACGAGCUGCAAUAAACUAUCCUCCACUUUUUUCCCAUAUCCAAUUGCUCUAUGAUCAUGCCCUGUCAUUCUCUUCAAGGGUACCAGUGAGCAUGGAAACAAGGAAUUCGGGAUUAGAAGAGAAGCAUAAAGGUGAAGGGGAACGCCUCGUGAAGGAGCUCUUUGUGCAAGAUGUGAAGCAUAAUACCAACCUGCUUCAUAGUCUUCGGAAAAGAUCUCCACCUAUUCUUUUGCCCUGUGAUUUUUUCAAGGGAAAUUUUCCUGAUUUGCAUAAUGGUAAGAAUAUUCCCUUGUUUAGCAAACACAUUAAUUUUUAUUGUGAACCCUGACUUCUCAGAACCUGAACAUUAACACUCAAAAAUACGGACCUGAUCAAUGUGAGUGUGCCUGAUGCAGGUCAUUUUUCAUGUUUAGCAUGUGGGGUUUUAUGUUUUGCUUGUUCAGCAAUCAUAAAACCUAGUGAAGUGGAUCUGCUGGAUUCUGGUUUAGGGCGGAUGGAAGCUUCCUGUAGUAGUAGGCUUCCAAAGGAUAUAUCAUCGCUGGCUCUUAUAGCUCUGACCUAUGAGGAUUCCUCCAACUCUGAAACUGAACUGGAAGAAGUUUCCCCAGUAUCCAGCCUUGAUGAUUCCUCUCGAUGGCAUGUCUUCUGCCUUCAGCAUGCUUUAGAAGUUAAACAGAAACUGGAUGCGCUUGGGGGCAUGCACAUGUUACUCCUUUGUCAUCCAGAUUAUCCCAAGUUUUUAGCUGAAACAAAAUUAAUGGCUGAUGAACUUGGGGAGGAUCACAUUUGGAGUGACAUUUCCUUCAGGGAAGCCGGGGAAAAAGAUAAGGAGAGAAUCAAGUCGGCUUUAGAUGGUGAAGGGUCCUUUCCUGGGAACGAUGACUGGGCUGCCAAGCUGGGGGCUAAUCUUUCUCGCAGUGCCAACCAAAGUCAGCAUACUUCAUCUGACGUAACGCCUAGCAAAUCUUCAAGAAGUCACACAAUUUGCUUAUCCUCUGAGAGAACCAAAGGCGCAUUGAAGAUGAAGAGACUUGUUGACAUUGAGCCUUCCUCAAGGGGCAAGUCUCCUGUAGCUGAAGAAUCUGGGAAGGCCCCUAAAGAUCAAAGUAUUAUUGUAUACAAGAGGAGGAAUAAGCUCAAGGUAAAUCCAGUCCAGGAGGAGACUCCUCCACCUAAACAGGACCAGGACCAUGGCACUGGAAAGUCGGAAGGUGGACCGAGGACUAGACUCAGGUCAAGAACAAGGAAACACCCUCCAAAGAAGGCUACUCGGUGA